GGAGGGGCGGGUGGGGAAGAGCAACUGCAGCAUUUGGAGGAACUGACCUGCCAGCCUGAAGUCUCCAGCCAGCCCUCCUUGGAUAGCGUGUGCGCGGGUCACUGCAUCAGCGAGCUACUCAAGUUGUGAUCUAGGCACCGAGACCAGACUGCUGGUCAUCUGUCUCUUAAUCAUCACAGGGUUCCCACAGUGCCUAACAACUAGACAAUACAAGUGGUUGUGGGGGUCUGAAGGCACCAGCCAAGAUGAAGUGGCAUUUCCCCUUCUCAAAGUCGGAAGCCAGGCUAGCUGUUACCCCCCACCACAAUGCUACCCCCACCACAACAGUGACACCAGUAGUGUCAAUGGAUAACUCAACAGAGUCCUCAGCGGGGAGCAAGGAGGAUGUCUUUGUCAAGAUUAAAGAAAAGUUCAUGAAUCAGAUAAACAAGAUUCCCUUGCCACCCUGGGCGCUGAUUGCCAUUGCUGUAGUAGCUGGGCUGCUGAUCCUCACCUGCUGCUUUUGUAUCUGCAAGAAAUGCUGCUGCAAGAAGAAGAAGAACAAGAAGGAGAAAGGCAAGGGGAUGAAAAAUGCCAUGAACAUGAAAGACAUGAAAGGCCAGAACAAACAGGAUGAUGAUGAUGGAGAUGAAGGAGAGGAGGAGGAAGAGGAGGAAGAGGAGAAGGAACCAGAGAACCUGGGCAAGCUGCAGUUCUCUCUAGACUAUGAUUUCCAGGCUAACCAGCUCACGGUGGGGAUCCUCCAAGCAGCGGAGCUCCCAGCACUGGAUAUGGGUGGCACGUCAGACCCUUAUGUCAAAGUCUUCCUGCUUCCCGACAAGAAGAAAAAGUAUGAGACCAAAGUGCAAAAGAAGACCCUCAAUCCCACCUACAAUGAGACCUUUGUCUUCAAGAUUCCAUAUCAGGAGCUGGGUGGGAAGACCUUAGUGAUGGCCAUCUAUGACUUUGACCGCUUCUCCAAGCAUGACAUCAUUGGAGAAGUUAAGGUGCCCAUGAAUACUGUGGACUUGGGACAGCCAAUUGAAGAGUGGAGGGACCUUGAGAGUGCAGAAAAAGAGGAGCCAGAGAAAUUGGGAGACAUCUGUAUCUCAUUACGAUAUGUGCCCACUGCUGGGAAACUUACUGUCUGCAUCCUGGAAGCGAAGAACUUGAAAAAGAUGGAUGUUGGGGGACUUUCAGACCCCUAUGUGAAGAUUCACCUACUGCAGAACGGCAAGAGGCUGAAAAAGAAGAAGACCACCGUCAAGAAGAAGACCCUGAACCCCUACUUCAAUGAGUCCUUCAGCUUUGAGAUUCCCUUUGAGCAGAUACAGAAAGUGCAGGUUGUGAUCACUGUGCUGGAUUAUGACAAGCUGGGGAAGAAUGAAGCCAUCGGCAAGGUCUUUGUCGGCAACAAUUCCACCGGCACGGAGUUGAGGCACUGGUCCGACAUGCUGGCGAACCCGCGCCGCCCCAUUGCCCAGUGGCAUUCCCUGAAGCCCGAAGAGGAGGUAGACGCAGCACUCGGGAAAAACAAAUAGGCAGCUCCAUCCCCCAGCCUCACCUGCUGAACAUUCAAAGUGAUCCAGAGUUAUCAAUACCUCAGUUAGGCAACGUUUGGUUUCUGUUCUGCUCUCUUCUGUUCUCUAAGCUGCAAUACCCUUUUGUUGAUGGCUGUAGAGGGAUUCCGGAUGAACCUGAGCGCUUCCAGGGGGGCGGGAAGUGGUCUAAAGACCCAGACGUUCCUUUUGCAUUCGUCAGAGUAGUUUGUCUGCUGCAUGCUCCAUCACCUCGCCGCGUUCUUCUCCAAGCGCAAAGCAAGCUCCUUUCCCGGGUUUUCCUCCAGACCACCGUGGACCGCAGCACCUGCUUUGCUUUUACUCUCUUUGAGUUGUUCUUCCUUAAACCAGACCUAUGAACAUUGUGCCAGGAUGAGCCCGGAGCCUGACAAUGUGAGUUGACCAGAUACACUGUGCUUGCUUUGGAAAAGAGCAGAGGAGGAGGUGCCUGGAGUGGGGCUCUCGGGCUCUUCACACUUUACAGCUUGGAGGCCUUUGGCGGAGAGGACAAGGAGCAACUCUGGCACUGGGACGUCCCUGGCUAUGUGAAUUGCUGCGGGGUUGAUUCUCUCUGGUGAGAGGAGGAACGAGAGUGGCAGCAUCUGGAUGGUGUACUGUUAAUUGCUCUGUUGCGUCUAGGCCGUACGUUGGGUCAUUGGUUCCCUCAUAGUUCUCCAUUCUUAAUUCAGAGCAGUGGAGUUAUACUAGGAGGUUAUCGGCGCAUGAUAACUACACCUGUAUACUUCCAGUCUCCUGUCCAAAUGCAGGACAGAGCACAAAAUAUUCUUUCCUUUUGAAGAACAGCAUCAUGGGAUAUUUAUGCAAAUUGCCAGGCCUAGCAUUUGUGUGGAAAUUAGGCGGCCAGCUCUUUCCAGUCAAUCAGAUUCUAGGUAGCAGUGCCAAAAUGGAUGCUUUGUGCAAAGCUGGGAGGAGAAGCUUCACCAGGUCUUGCAGCUCUGAAAAACAGCAGCCCGGGGUUGAUUUACAUACACUUCCCAUCAUGCCUUGCUCUGCCACCUUCCUCUUGAGAAUACAAUAACCUAAACCUGUUGGCCUCCAGAGAAGUCUAGCAGGAAGGUUGAAUGUGUCAAGGAAUUUGGAACGGAAGGCAUGUGGGAGAAAUGGGUUAGGGGUAUGGGGUCAGGUUUUUGCAGUGCUCCGAGAUCUGCUGGAUGGGAGGAGAAGAAAGGAGGAGCACAAAGUGCUAUGUUAGAUUAAGUGUGUAGCUUCUCACUUAGGGGAAGCUGAGGAAUUCAGAGCUUUUCAAUGGAUUGUGUGUCAUCCCCACUCCCUGCCCUUCCCCCCAAUGUUACACUCAACAGAGAGGGAGCAGAGUGCACAAGGCUAGAGGGAGAGGGAAUCCAUUCCAACCAAAGGACCAAAGAUGCACCCCAGGCAGCCCUCUCUCUGGCUCUCUGCAGCACUGUCUGGCUGCCAAACACACGUGUGGUCUCUUUGCUGACCCCAGAGAUAAGCCAUAUUAUCGUUGCUAUCUAGUGUUUGCACUAAUCCCUGAAGGGCCUCCUUGUCCUAUACAUUGUGCCAGCUGUCAAUGUCUUGAAUGUCUUGGCUCUCUGUUCAGAUUGCUCUCAAUGGCGGGAAGAAAGCAGGGUGGGUGGAGGGGAAGGAAGGCUAGAGAGGCUGCCACCUUCCUUGAACUCCUGCUUUCCUGCUGGGACAUCUAUCCUGCUCAACUCGAAUCCAUUGUCCUCAGCACACAGCAGUGAAUGGGGGUCUGGUGUGUUUGCAUUUGGUUUGGUUUCUUCCCUUUAGGCACUAGGUUGGAGUGAAAACACAGGGUCAGCUUCCUUAUCAUGGCUUCUUUUCUGCUUCUGCAUUCACUGCAACUGCUGAGGCAUUGUGGCUAACAUCCUGCUGGGGCAGGGACUUUCCCACGAGAGGCUGGCCAGAGUUCAGCGUGAGCAUUUUCCUCCAGUGGCAGCAGCCUCUCUCUGUUAUUCUCAAGCCUCGGACUGGCCAUACCGGGUUGCAGGAAGCCACCAGAUGGGAGCCAGACUUGCCAGUCUGGGGCAGAUGGAGAAUCUUCUUCCAGCCGUGAGAAUGGGUGACCAGGGCCCAGCUCCCACUUCAGUUGUUGGUUCUUGAAGGAGGGGGGAGGCGGGUGAAAACCCCAAACAGCUGUGCAGUGAGUGGCAUAUCCUUUGCUGGCCAGGGAAGGGUUUGCGUGGAGCCUCAUUCAUUGGCUUAGCUUGGACCACCUGAUCAGGGGUGUAGCUAGGAGAGAGGAGGCCCGUGUCCAUCCCUCUCUCUGGUGGCCCCCCAGAGUGAGGGAGAUAAUGAAGGAAAUAGGGAGGGAUGGAGCUGGAGGGCCCUCAGGAGCUGGGGGGCCCAUGUUCUUUGAACCCUUUCGCACAAUUAUAUCUACACCCCUGGACCUGAUCUAUCCUGCUGAUAGUGACAAGUUUUAUAUCUUGGCUGCACAGCCAAAUUGUGACGUAUAUUUUUGUGUUUGUAAGAAUAGAAUUAGAUGAGACAGACAUUUAAGCAGAGAGAGAAUCCCAGCGUGUAGGGCAAGCGUUCAAGCCUGUGCUUCAGCCACCGCUCUGGCAAUAAAGGCCUCCCCUUGUAUUCCUGCCACAAAUGUAACAUCUCAGCCUUCAAGGAGGACUUCGUGUUGGCUCCUUGCCCCCAUCAGGGAUUCUGAGCCAGGCAGAGCAGUCUGACUAAUACACAUAAUGCACGGGGUUCUUGGGCGGGGGGCUGCUUCUUUCUCAGCUAGCUAGGGCUCAAAGCAAGUAAGCUCAGGCCUAAUUCUUGCAGAGGUGGUAAACCUGUGUCUAGGCCAGGGGCUGCCCAACUUUAGCCCUCUGGCAGAUGUUGGACUACAGUUCCCCAAAUCCCUGACUAUUGGCUACUGUGGUUGGGAUGAUGGGAGUUGUAGUGCAAAGCUGUGCAGCCCUGGUCUAGGCGGUACCAAUCAGAAGGCAGAUUAAGGUUCUUAUGAUGAACCUUACAUUCCUCCAUACGUGAGAAAAGUGGGGGAGAAUUUCCCCAUAUAGAAAACAAAACAAACAUGUCCAAAGGCUAGGCAGAACCCUUCACCUUGACACCUGGUAUUCUAAGUGGAAGCCCACUUUUGUAUGAAGGAGCGCCAGUGAUGUGAGUUUCCCAGCCUGAUGUGGUGCAGCCCAGACACGGUUUGCCAUCUCAGUGAAGACCAGUCCUUGAGGAAAGGCUUGUUCCUGUCAGAAUCUGACAGGAACAUCCUCCAGAAGCAGAGGCGGCCCAGGGUCGUUCACAGACAGGGUGGGUCUUUGUUCUGGAUCAAAGCUGCACAAAUUUGGUCCUCUAGCUCUUGUCAAUUCACAUCUUUCUCGGCCACAGUGGCCAAUAGGGAGGAUAGGAGCUGAAGUCCAACCUUUGCAGGAGCGUGGAAGCUGUGCAGUCCUGCUCUAGAAGGCAGUGCUUCUUGCUAAUACUGUGCAGGCCUUGGCUCAGGCCCCUCCUCCCUUCAGGCCUCAGUGCUUUUCAAAUUCCAAAAUCUCUUGAAGGGGUCCAAGUGGGAAGGGAUGGCUAUUGAAAACCUUCAUCGUGCUCCCUGCAAAUCCCUUGCUUGGUGAAUGAAAUUUAAACACCGCUACUGCCGUUCUCUUCACCCUGCACACUGGGGGCAUAGCAUCACUAUCUGUGGGGUGCAGCUGCAGGCCCACUACAAAGAGGGUACUGCAAUCUCAGAGCCCUGGGGCUUAUUUCUUAAUUCCAGGCAUGCGCGCAAUAGCAUCUCUUCUGAAUCCAAAAGUCAGAUUUGCUGCUUCCUCUCUUGAGAGAUCGUUUUGGUGCUGGUUUGCUGUCCAAAAUUCCCACCUAAAAGGUAGAUUAAACGUGUUCCCAAUUUCUUUACUGUGCCUCUAUUAGCUUCUAAUGCUGCCACUGGCAAGGAUAUAGGGUGGUGAGGCAUCAUUGCCAAAGGGUGUCCUUGUGGAGUUCUGAGUCUGUAUGUGAGGUUUUUUUUAAAGCUCGCCACAGCACCAUCACCAGUCUUACGCCAUCACAACAGCACUACUGCAAUGUCAGGCAGAGGGGAAAAGUGCAGGGAUUUCUUUCCACAGGGACCAACAGCAGCUGCAUCAGCUGAGCUGGAGUGCCCGCUGGCUGAAAGCAGAAUGAGAUGGUGAGUUCUGCAGCCCUUAGCUUCUCAAUUAGGGGAGCCAGUCAGAAGUUCUCCAGCUGCCCUGAAACUACAACACCCAUUAUUGUGUUGCAGCUGGGAAUGGUGGGAGCUGUUUAGUUCAACAGCAGCUGGGAAGCUUCAGGUUGGCCACCUCUGUUCCAAGUUAAAGCUGCAGUGUCUCCUGUCUUUAAAUAGUGAUGGGUGCUGGACUGUGUGUGUCUGCUUGUGUGGGAGCAUGUGUGUAUGGUUCAUCGUUUGUGAGGCAUCAAUCAUUUGGACAAAGACAGAGGAGAUAAGUAGUAUUACUUAUUCAUAGUAGUAGUACCUAACAGUGAUGCACAUUUUCAAUAAUUCAGGCAGGGGAAUUUCUCUCUACAGGUUAUGCUCUUUUUGCCCUCCCACCUCCCUGUCCCCCAUAACGACUGCGUACUCCUCUCAGCAGCUACAGAACCUGGAAUCAGUUCUGCCCAAGAAUCACCUCCCCUUCUUGGGAUACAUUGCUUUGAGCUCUCAAACCAUUCACAGUAGCAACUGGCAUUUGAAUUCUCACCGUUUGGAACAUUCACAAACUUCACAUAGUACUUUGGAUUGGUUGGGGUGCCACACUAGCAUAGCCACUCCUUAUGCCACACUGAAGAACAGCAGAAUCCCCGCUAACACAGGUGUGGUUAGCCACUGCUCCGAAAUCCAUACUUUAAUUGUGUAAGUGUUUGCAGUGGGUUUGCAUUUCUGCUCAUAUUGUUAGUCCACACUUGGCUCUAAGGUGAGGAUCUACACAAACUCAUGAAAUCAAGAGAAAAGGGAAUCCUGAAAGCAGUGGGCCUGAUCCAGCAGUAGCCAUGAGCAACUAAUCAUGGAUCCUCCUCCUAGAUGCAGAUGUUCAUCUUCUGUUAACAUCCAAAGCUGUAUCCAACCGAUUUUGAGCAUCACAGUGCAGGUCGUUUAAUGGACUACAAGAUUUGCAACAGUUAAUGCAUUGCAAAAUGUGACAGAAUAGUGCAACAGUUUCAAAACAAGAGUAAAGGGUUGUUUUAUGGUUGGUUGUAAGCUGGUGGCCAUUCAUAUUUUCCAUCCGCUGCAAUGUAUUUUCCAGGCAGGAGUGUCCAUAUUCUCCUUGAAACGCAUUUAUCUGCCCCGCUUCUCACUCCAUUUGAGCCAAGUCAUGGAGUGUGCGUGACGUGACGACCUUUAUAUGUAUUAUAUAUAAUUUCUCAGCUGCCUUGCGCUAAUCCAACAGCAGGGGGAAGUGCCAUUGCAAAACAAAACCUUUCAUCAUUGCCUGAGGGUGGCCGUAGCAGCAGCAAUGGCCUCCGCCAUGUCUCUUCAGUCGGCGCCCCAGGCAGAGCCUUGCUAGGGCCAAGGAGAUUUGCGGCAGCGGUCAAGCACCUGUCUUCUCUCCGCCAUCACCCUCGCUGCUUUUUUCCUGCUGGGCCUUCUCCUGAGGAUGGGGGGGGGAGGGGUGAUGGUGGCGGCAGAAGCAGCUAUAACCCUCUGACCUUCUGGCAUGUGCCACAGAACUGGUUUGCUUCGCAAGCCUUUAGAAAUAUGUUUGCAUUUUUCAACAGUUGCACCAAGGGGAGGGAGCCAGGUUUUAUUUAAAAAUAAAUGAUGAUUCAGUUCACUGGGCUUCCUUGCAGUAAUCAGGGGCGGGGGGGGGGAUCUGUAAAUGAAUGCAGUAAGCAAAUGGGAUUGAAGUAAAGGAUUCAGUUCAAUGGGCUUCCUCCUAAGUGACCAAAUCGUCACACUGUGAUUUGAACCAUUAAAACACGUCAUUGCAAUGUACAAAUGACGGGGCAAGUCUCCUACAAUGGAAAAAUACAGCUAUUUUCCUGCAGCACAUUUAGAAUGUUGUAGGGCUAAAAUGCAUCAAUAAAUUCCAAAAGAGGGCAUGGAAAUAUGAACGACACCUUGCUGACAGUGCAACAACUGCAAUGUCGAAACACAGGCAAUACAGAGGGGCACUUAGUGGACACGUUGCAAAACUGGCAGCACGUAAUCUGGAAAACACCCAGAUGGGGAUAUGUAUGCACAUAGAAGGCUCUUAUGUGCACAGAUUGCUCCCACUGGAUCAGAGCAAAUGGUUUUGAAAAGCUUUUGCAAAGGAAAAGAAAGGCUCACACUGCGCAACAGUAACUCCACUACACAAAGCUGAUUCUGUUCCUGUGUCUGCUGGUUACAAUCCAGGGAGUCCUCUUUGAGACCAAUGAUGUGGAAGUAUUAGUACUGAGAAUCUAGUCAGAACAUACAGUCAUUAAUGAGUGGUAUUUCCAACAUGUACUAUUUAAAAUAAGGCAGUUGUAAUUUUAAUGUACAAAAUGUAUUUUGGUUUAGUUUGUUUUUCUAUAAGGGGGUGGGGAGUGAACUAACUCAAGCCAUCUGAGCCUCACCCAAAAUCCCAUCAUUUGUGUGUACUUAUAUAUAAAAUGAUAUAGAGAUCUAUUAACAUGAAUAAAACCCUCUUGUAAACAAUGCAUGAUGAUUAGCCAGUAUGUACGUAGCAGCAUGCAACAAGCAGAACCUGUACACCGUGUUUAUCAUCAUCCAUUUUCUAGAGUACAGUCAGGCUACAGAGUUAUUUUUAAAAUGUGGUGUGAAUGAAUUUAUUUUAUCUAACAAGUUGCGGGGGAGGGGGGACUAUAAAAAUUGAGAGUGUGGCCGUAACAACAUACAUUUAUUUUCAAUAAAAAGUAAUAAUUUUUUAAAUAAAAACAAAAGCAUGCUUUAAGAACCAUUUAAAAAACCAAUACUCAUUGAAAGGUGGGGGGGGCGGGGGAGGGAAUACAACACCAACAAUAUGGCGGUGAAAUCAGUGUCUUGUAAUCUAUAUUUGCAAAAUCGUAUCUUGUUGCAUUUUACCGUGCCCAGGUAGCAGCAACAUUGCAGCUUCAAUGUUCUGUGUUGUGUUGAAGCAUUUCACUGUUGAAGCCAAUUUAGAAGCCAUAUUAGAUCACAGGCUGCCAGCAUCCUGAAACUGGGGUUGGCUGACAGGUGAUCCUCAGUCUCUCUCCUCUCCCUUGCUAAUGUCUUCCCCAACUUUGUCUCUGUCUCUCACUGUUCAUGUCUUUUGUUGUUCUUGGGGAUAUUUGUGAGUGACAGACAGCUGGCCUGAAACUGAGGCCCCACUGUGAGUUUGCCCUCUGAAGGGAGAACCUUCUGGAACAGCCCUCUCCAGUUGGGCGGUGAAUGUCAUUGUUCUGAAGCCCUUUCAUACCCUGCAAGAAGCAAGUGGUGCUCUGGGGAAAAUGGCGGGAGCACUGGCAACUGGCCUCCGUUUGGAGGAUACAUGUUGUCCACCACAGGGACAUGUCCCUGUACUAUCCACAGAAGUAGGGACCCAAUUCUUCUCUGGCCACUGCUUCUGUGUAUUUUUAGAAGUAUCCACUGGCAAAGAGUCCACGCAUGGGCCUUUCACAAGCCAUGGGGCAUGCAUAUAUUCUGUACACUGACAUCUCUGCCCAGGUACAAGACGUCACAUGUCCAGAUGCAACUCAAACUGAGGAAAAGUUAAGCUGGGGGUGGGGGCUGAGUUACUGCUUUUGGAAGGCAACUGAGUCAUAAUUUAGUUAAAGCUGAGGGUGGGUGGGAGGGAAUUAAGGGCCCUCUAUCUUUUCUUACCUUAUGCAGGUGAGUGAGUGUGGUUGAAAGAGGUCUGCACUUCCUGCUGUAUUAUGAUUAGCUCUCACAUUUUUGUGGUGGAAGGAAGGGUCUCAUCAUGGCAUCGGUCAGUCUCCUUUCGAGGAAGAGAGGAAGGGAUUGGAGAGCUGGAGCUGUCAGCUUUCUUCUUUUUCUUUUUCAAUGCCUUCCAGUUCUGAAAUGACUUUUAGGGCCAGAGUAAUGGCAUCUGCUUAGAGGGUGUGCAGUUUCUUGGGGCACUUGGAGGACUGACUAGCCCAGCUUAGCAUGCACUGCCAGCAGGAACAGAAAGUCAACCAGGGACUUCUCCCUCCCUCCAUUGCAUGCUACUUGCGGUAUAGAGAAUGAAGGAGUCUAGGGAGCAAAGGCAGCACCAUUCCAUAAGAAAUGUGUGGUGAAUUGACUCAGCAAGAAAUAUGGCAUUUACUGGGGCUUUAAAAAGCAGGGGGGAGCUGAAGACAGGAGGAGGCAGCAGGCACUUUAGGGAGGGAGGGUUGCUAUUAUCAUGAUCCAAAGCUGUUCUCAGGUUUCAAAUGGGACUGCACUGCCAGCCUCCCCAUAAAGACAGACUAACUUGCUCUUGUGCCUUUAACCGUAACUUGAUUUGCAGAAGUCAGCACAUGAACCGUUGCACAGCCUAGAUAUAAGCAGACUACCUGCAUAUGUUAUGGAUAACAUAACAGCUGCCAUAACAUAGCAGCUGCCCCAUGCUCCAGUGCAGGGCUCGAAUCCAAAGUUGGCAGUCCUACUCCGAAAGCAGCAGCUGCACAGGCCAUGGCCUCAGGGAGAGCUGGCUAACAUCUCACACAUGCAUACACUCAACUGCCAGUGGCUCUAAAAGGGUGUCGGAAGUUGACCUUCAGGGGCAAUUCCAGCCGUGUGGGUUUAAAAUCCCAGCCUGGUUCCUCUCCGUCACACACAGAUUUCCCAAGCGAUCCAGGUUUACUCCAUUUUUGACCCCGCUCCAUCUCCCCCACUUUUGCUGCAGAGCGUGAACUCUGCAGCACUGACCGUCAGCCCCCUCCCCUGCCCUGCAGGCAGCUGCUUUUCAUGCCCCCUCCCCUCAUGUGGACUCUGUUUCUGUCUCUAUUGUUAAAUUGUUAUUUUGUAAUGAUAUGCGUCUCCUUAUUAAAGAAACUAGCUGAAAGA